AUGUCGAGACUCGCAGGAGAUUAUUGGAGACUCCCAGGUGAUAUUAUUAUUGAGAUUCUUACGAGGCACGAUGAUAUCCAGAAGAAAAGCCAUCUGAUUAAGAUUAUUGCUGGUAAGGGAAACGUCCUCUAUUCAAUAUAUGCUUAUAGUAAGUCUCAUGACACAAUAUUAUCCGGGGUUGAUAAAAUUGUCGAUUACCCGUUGUAUGAUAAAAAGUAUGAAGAACCUUAUUGUAGGCUUGGUAUUGUGGGUUCUUGUAAUGGCCUAGUUUGCAUACGUGCAAGGUUAGAUCGUAUUUGCUUUUGGAACGUAUCUACUAAAGAGCACAAGAUUGUAUCAGAGGUGAAAGUGCAUGUGCAUGAUCAAUGGAAAUCUUCAUGGUGUAAGUAUGGUUUCGGUUAUGACAUCAAGACUCAGGAUUAUAAGUUAGUGAGAUUUAGAUGCUUCGAAGAUAAACGCCUUGGUACUCAAAUUAAGGUCUACUCGUUAGAAUCGAAUUCGUGGAGUAGUGCUCUUUACAUGCCGUAUACACUUUCUCUCGAACCACGGCCGACAGCAUUGUACAUGAGUGGUGCUCUUCAUUGGCUAACGGACGACUCAAAACUUCUCGUCUCUUUUGAUCUUGGAGACGAGAUAAUUCGUGAAGUUCCAGGACCAGCAAGGGAUAGCUUUUUCGAUAAUGACAGCUAUCAGUACAAGUACGUGGAUGUGUUGGGAGGGUGUCUUUGCAUCGUAUGUGUUGUUCUUGGGGAUCGUGGCGACGUAUGGGUUAUGAAGGAUUAUGGAGUGAGAGAAUCUUGGACUAAAGAGUUCACAGUUCCUUGGCAAGUAAUAAAGUUUGAUUACUUUAGGCCGAUUGGGUAUGUAGGAAAUGGAAAACAAGUUUUGCUGAAUAUUGGAUUCAAGCAAGAAACAAACAAGGGUAAUUUUUUAGUUCGCUAUAACCCAAAGCGUAAAAUGGCGACAACUCUGAAGACCCAUGACAUUACUGAUCCGGAAUGGCGCCAUGCCUAUACUUACCAGGAGAGUUUGUUUUCAGUACUUGGUAAGAAGAAUUCAGUUGGUAUUCUUCAUUAUUUGGAACCUGAUCAAGUCGAACAAGAAGAAGCAACGUUUUCAGAACCUGACCACAAGAGAAGAAAGAUUGCAGUAUGA